AUGUCAAAGGGCAAAGAAAAAGUUGGUGGUAGCAAGCAAUUUAGGUGGCUGCCACCUAUGCAUGAGAUGAUGCUAAAAAUACUUACAGAGGAGGCUGGAAAGGGCAAUAAGCCCUCUAAUACUUUUAGGGCCGGCUCCUUUGCUCUUGUAGCAAAGGAGAUAACGGCCCAUUUCGGGGUUGAGUGCCACCCUGUAUUUGUGGAGAACCGGAUGCGGACUCUAAGGUCCAUGUGGGCAACUAUUCAAGAGCUUAGAAGGAAGAGUGGAUUCGGUUGGGAUGAAAAUCUGAAAAUGAUAACUUGUGACGCUAAAACCUACCAAGAAGAAGUUAUGGCACAUCGGAAGCAUGCCGAAUAUCUGAACAAAAAAAUUGAGUUUUACGAUGAAUUAGCGAUUGUGGUGGGAAAGGACACAGCCACAGGUGGCUUUGCUAAGUCCGGAGUGGAUAUCGAAAAUGAGCCAGAUAAUGGGGAUAAUGGGGAUAGUGCAGAGUUUGUUGCAGAUAAUGUGGAGGAAUGUGUGGCUGAAAAGGGGAAGAACGCAAAUGAAUCAUCCACCACUGGGUCGGGAAUUUCCAAGUCCCGCAAAAGAGGGCGUGCAGCUUCUAAUGUUGAUGAUAGUGUGCUGACUGAUCUGUCUGAUCAGCUGAAGGAAAUAGCUGGCGCUCUGAAAGAAAUUAAUCGGGGCCCAGUAGAUUAUACAACUUUGUAUAAUGAGGUAAUGGCUAUGAUGGCGGAGGGAUAUAGCGAAGAUAUGCUCGCUACUGCCUUCAACCAUCUUUGUGAGAAUGAGAAGACGGCACGUGGAUUUUUAGCCAAGAAUGCUAGGUUGAGGAAGCUAUGGUUAGAUGGUUAUUUUUUCUCACAAAUUUGA